AUAGGGAAGCGUCCAUUGUCCACGCUUUUGGAAAUACUCCCUUAUUUUGUUGUUUGUGUUUGGUGGAUGUUUGUGAAAAUCAGCCAAAAGUAUGCGUGAAGUGAUAUCCCUCCACGUGGGUCAGGCCGGAGUCCAGAUGGGCAAUGCCUGCUGGGAGCUGUACUGCCUGGAACACGGCAUCCAGCCUGAUGGUCAGAUGCCCAGUGACAAGACCAUUGGGAGUUGUGAGGAUUCCUUCAACACCUUCUUCAGCGAGACCGGUACUGGCAAGCAUGUUCCUCGCGCCAUUUUUGUCGACUUGGAGCCCACGGUUGUCGAUGAGAUCCGCACUGGCACCUACCGGCAGCUCUUUCAUCCUGAGCAGCUGAUCACAGGCAAGGAGGAUGCCGCCAACAACUACGCCAGGGGCCACUACACUGUCGGGAGGGAAAAAGUGGAUGACGUCUUGGAUAAAAUCCGCAAGAUAGCUGAUCCGUGCACGGGUCUCCAGGGUUUCCUCAUCUUCCACAGCUUCGGUGGAGGCACCGGCUCUGGCUUCACUGCCUUACUCAUGGAGAGGCUUGCCGUGGACUUCGGCAAGAAAUCCAAGCUGGAGGUAGCGGUUUACCCCGCACCUCAGAUGUCUUCCUCGGUGGUGGAGCCUUACAACGCCGUCUUGGCCACCCAUACCACCCUGGAGCACACCGAUUGUGCCUUCAUGGUCGACAAUGAGGCCAUCUACGAAAUCUGCCGACGUAAACUCGACGUUGAACGGCCAUCUUACGCCAACCUCAACCGUCUCAUUGCCCAGGUCGUGUCUUCCAUCACUUCGUCGUUGCGUUUCGAGGGAUCCCUAAACGUCGAUCUGAAUGAGUUCCAGACCAACUUGGUGCCUUACCCUAGAAUCCAUUUCCCUCUGGUGACCUACGCCCCUGUCGUCUCUGCCGAGAAGGCUCACCAUGAGCAGUUUAGCAUUUCAGACCUCACCAGUGCCUGUUAUGAGCCAGAAAACCAAAUGGUGAAGUGCGAUCCCCGUCACGGCAAGUACAUGGCCUGCUGUCUGCUCUACCGAGGUGAUGUCGUCCCUAAAGAUGUCAACGCCGCCAUCGCAACCAUCAAGACCAAGCGCAGCAUCCAGUUCGUCGACUGGUGUCCAACUGGCUUCAAGGUGGGCAUCAACAACCAGCCACCUACUGUCGUGCCUGGCGGUGAUCUGGCCAAGGUGCAGCGUGCCGUCUGCAUGCUGAGCAACACCACGGCCAUCGCCGAGGCCUGGGCUCGUCUGGAUCACAAGUUUGAUCUGAUGUACGCCAAGCGUGCCUUCGUCCACUGGUACGUGGGAGAGGGUAUGGAGGAGGGUGAGUUCUCUGAGAGCCGUGAAGAUCUGGCUGUCUUGGAGAAGGAUUACGAGGAGGUCGGGAGAGACUCUGCAGACGGUGAAGAAGAUCUUGAAGGAGACGCAGGCGAAUACUAAUUCAAAAUGUCAAACAUCACAGUUAAGAAUCAGCUCUCUUGUGUACGAUUUAGAGCUUUUGUUUAGUCACUUGUCUCAAAUGUUGAGCCGCUCAUUUAAAUCUUAUUCCUCUCACAAUUGUUCAUUGCAGGAUGCUAUUUUUUUCUCAACUUAAGUCACCAACUUUAAUAUAUAAAUUGAAUUUGGGAAGGGUUUACUAAAAUAAAAUGUAAUCAACUUGCCUUGCUGGAAUUGGUGGAGGAUUAUUAUAUGAAUAACUUAAUUCUUAAACAACAACAAAAACAAAACCUUGGAAAAGUGCAGGUCGUCUUUGUUUUCUCAUGUGGAGUCGUUAAC